AUGUGUAUCAGUUUCUUAUCAUCAAGUGUUACUAAUGAACGUUUUCGAGAUGCGCAAAAUCAAUUAGAAUUGUUUCAUACAAAUCUAAAACUUUGGGCACAUAUACGUUGGGAUUCUAGAUGGACGUCCAUUGAUGCUAUUUUAAAAAAUUAUCAAGUUAUUAUUUUGGCUUUCGACGAUUUAAUUAAAGAUGGUGGAGAUCGUGCUGUUGAUUUGUUAGGUCCAAUAAAAAUUUUAUCAGAUAAAUCAAAAGCUAAGACACUUGACUAUGGUAAAGCACAACAAUUAAUUUUAUCAAUAAUUGAAGAACUUACUUUAUCACGAGAUGAAAAAUCUUUUGAACAAUUGUUCCAAACAAUUGCUAUUUUUUGUCAACAAAACAGCAUAAAUCUCAAUGAUAGACCAAGACAACAUCGAAAACGAGCUGUUUCUAUCAGGUUUAAAGAUUCAAUUAUUAUUAGUACAGUAGGACAACGUGAUGAUAGUUUAAAUGAACAAUAUUAUAAAACACAUAUUUAUUACCAAUUAAUUGAUAAUAAAUUAGUAGAAUUAAAAGAUCGAUUUUCAUCAAAAAAUUUACAUAUAUUAUCUAGUGUAUCAUCAUUAUGUCCUGAUAGUGAUACAUUUUUACAUUUUGAUUCAUUAAAACCAUUUGCUGAUCAUUUAAAUUUUGAUCGUGGUGUUUUAUCUAAUGAAUUAGUUGUUGUGAAACCUAUGUUGCAAAAAAAAUCUUUAGCUACUAUAAUUGAUUUAUAUCAAGAAUUAUAUCCUUUUAGACAAGCUUUUCCAACACUUGUUGCACUUAUUGAAAGUGCGAUUACUAUUCCUGUCUCUUCGACGACUUGUGAACGCACCUUUUCGAAGAUGAAACUGAUCAAAACAACAGUGAGAAAUACAAUGAGUGAUGAUCGUCUAAGUGAUUUAUGUUUAUUAGCUGUCGAACGUGAUAUUGAUGUAAAUUUUGAAGAGCUUAUUGAUACAUUUUCAGAUACUCAUAAAAAUAGUCGUAUUAUGUUGAAAUAA